CGCAGCGCGUUUUACGGUGCGCAUCUCCAUUCCUGGCCGCGGAAGGAAAGGUGCGCGUAAUAUCCGUGCCGUGCGCGGGGACCGUUCUUCCUCCACUUGACGCGCGUCUGAUUGAAGCGACGCCGCCGCGCUGUGCCGCAGCAUCGGAUUCCCCUCCGCAGCUUUUAUGGUGUUCGAUUCAGUGCGCAACAACUGAGGAGAAAAGAAGAAGAAGAAGAAGAAACUGUUGGAGACAUCUGAGACGGAGUGUUGGACAUAUUCUGGUCUGAUGAUUGUGGAUACAGGCGGAACAUCUGCAUGGCUUUAUUAAACGGCUUUUGAAGCCCUUUCCUUCCACGUGAAGCGCUUUUUGUUCCCAGAUGAUGGGCGGCGGACACGCGCCAAGGACUCCCACACCUGAUUGUGCAGCUUUUGCCAACACAUGAAAACAAGCGACAUGUUUUCUCUGAUGAAAUCUCGGAGAGCAGCAGACAGCUGCGGGGCCAUGGGGAACAGAAACAGGACGAAAUCCCCACAUCACUCCAAACCAAUCAAAAUUUACUUCACUUUUAUUUUGCUCCUGCUCGUUUUUACCCCGAGGGUGGAUUCAUCGUGGUGGUACAUCGGAGCCCUGGGUGCUCGGGUGAUCUGCGACAACAUCCCCGGCCUGGUGAACAAGCAGCGGCAGCUGUGCCAGCGGCACCCGGACCUCAUGCAGUCCAUCGGCGAGGGGGCCAAGGAGUGGAUCAAAGAGUGCCAGCACCAGUUCAGACACCACCGCUGGAACUGCAGCACGCUGGACCGGGACCACACCGUGUUUGGCAGGGUGAUGCUGAGAAGCAGCCGCGAGGCGGCGUUCGUGUACGCAAUCUCUUCGGCGGGGGUGGUCUACGCCAUCACCAGGGCCUGCAGUCAGGGGGAGCUGAAGAUCUGCAACUGCGACGGCCACAAGCGGGGGCGCGCCGCCGACCACAGGGGCAAUUUCGACUGGGGCGGAUGCAGCGACAACGUCAACUACGGCACCAAAUUCGCCAAGGCCUUCAUCGACGCCCGGGAGAGGAUGGUGAAAGACGCCCGGGCGCUGAUGAACCUGCACAACAACCGGUGCGGACGGAUGGCAGUGAAGCGCUUCAUGAAGCUGGAGUGCAAGUGUCACGGGAUCAGCGGCUCCUGUUCCCUGAGGACCUGCUGGCUGGCGAUGUCCGACUUCAGGCGGACGGGGGACUACCUGCGCAAGAAGUACAACGAGGCCGUCGAGGUGACCAUGAACCAGGACGGGACGGGCUUCACGGUGGCCGACGUGGACUUCAAGGGGAGCACCAAGAACGAGUUGGUGUACGUGGAGAACUCGCCGGAUUACUGUCUCGCCGACCGCUCGGCAGGCUCCUUGGGCACAGCGGGCCGAGUGUGCAACAGGUCCUCCCGGGGCACAGACGGCUGCGAGGUCAUGUGCUGUGGGCGGGGCUACGACACCACACGCGUCAAACGCGUCACCAAGUGCGAGUGCAAGUUCAAGUGGUGCUGCGCCGUGGAAUGCAGCCAAUGCGAGGACCUGGUGGACGUCCACACCUGCAAGCCCCACAAGAGGCCCGAUUGGCUGGACAUUACCUAAAGAGAAGACCUGACCAACCGCGAGUCCCCCACAGACGGACUCAACAAACCUGCUCGCUGAUGACUGCAUUUUAUUAUGGGAUGUAUAAUUGGGAUCUCUUAACGCUGUGGCUUUUGAUCCGGUGACACUUUGUGAAGCAGAGACUCGACAGACUGUGAUGCUAAACUGGAAAUUAGGCCCAGUUACUGAUUGUGUGCUGCUUUAACGAGGGUUUCUAAGUAUUUGUGAAUCUCUGAUACAAAAACGGCGGAUUUUAUUGCAUUGUUCCUUUGUAGACGCUUGAAGCAGCGAUACGAUGUGUGUUUAAUAGUACUUUAAGACGGUGUGAGAGCAUAUCCUCCUCAUACUGAUUGCAUUCACAGUAAUAUUUAGCCUGAAGAGAGAGAGAGAGAGAGAGAGAGACAUAAAGAAAGAAAGAUGACAAGUUCAAAAUCUUAGAUAUAUUGUAAGAAUAUUGACAUUGUAUCACUUCAAAUUAUAUCAUUGUGUGGUAUUGCAACAAAUCAUUCAAAAUACAAUUAUGCAAUUGCUGCUAAUGACCGCGACAUGAACAAAGCAGCGAGAAGGAGCGCGUCCCCAGCAGAGCGACGGGGACGAGGGAUCCGUCAGGACUCUGGAGAGGUGACCGAGAAAGUGCUUCAGUGCGCUUUUGGCCUCACGCAGUGCUGCUGUGUUUCCUCAUGGAGAACCUUAGCAUUUCUACCUCUUUGUUGUAGUUUUUUUGGGGGGGGGGUUUUCAAGCUAUACUCCGACAGCAUCGAGCAAUUGUUCCUAAAUACUCUGUUCAGAGAGACGUAAUAAUGUAACGCUGUCUGCUUAAAAAGGUUGUGUAACCCAUUUAAAAACAUGCACCGUGCACAGAGAUCACCACGUGAACUCCUCUGUUUACCAGACGAUAUCAUGCGGAGGGAUAUUUUCAAUUUUGUGACAGUCCAGAGAUGACAAUCAUUCUCCAAACUGCUGUGCAGUGAUUUGGUCCAAAACUCAUGGAUUCAUUAUACAGAACUGCCCCAGCUGGAUUUUAUGUCAUCAACAGUAGGGUUGUAGCAGUAUACACGUAUCAGGGUUAUACUAUGCUGUUAAAAUAUAUACGUUUUUUAUACCAUGUACAUUUUUCUCUGUGUGGUACGAACUAAAAUCAGUGAGCUUGUUUGUGCGUUAAAAGUACUGCUACACACCUGCAUUAUUAAAUAGUGUAUUACUUACACAGGUAACUGUUAAUAAUCAUAGGCCAUUAUUUUAAAAGUUUAUUACUCUACUCCUGCCAACAUGUAAACCUCUAUAAUACAACAUUAUAGUUGAAGUACUAGUCAUUUGAGGAGGACUGGUACUACUUCUACUACUACUUCUACUACUUCUACUAUCAU